AUGUCUGUCAAUUACAAUUCUGGUUUCAAAAUUUUUUCUUGGAAUGUUGGUGGAGCUAGAAGCAAUGCCUUCUCUCGCUCUCUGAGGCUUGCGCUUCAGCUCCAUAGACCUGAUUUUGUUAUUCUUCUUGAACCACAAAUCAGUGGUGAAGUUGCUAACAAAGUCUGUGAGAAGCUGGGCUACCCCGAUGUAAUUCAAGUCGAGGCGAAUGGCAGGAGUGGCGGGAUUUGGUUAUUUUGGAAUGCAAAGAAUUUUGGUAUUUCGAUUGAUUCUGCAGGUUCACAACACCUCACGCUCUCGGUCCUGAAGGAUAACAACAGGCGGUGGAAGCUAACGGCGAUGUAUGCUUCACCUCGACAGCAAUUUCAAAAGCUUCUCUGGAAGUGUCUCAUCGAAGAAAGCAAGAAUAUUGAGUACCCAUGGGUCCUCACUGGCGAUUUCAACGCCAUUCUCUCACCGUUCGAGACCACGGGGCAAACCACUACAAGAACGUUGAGACGCUGCAAGAGGUUUGGAGACUGGAUUAAUGAGGCAGAGUUAGUAGAUCUUGGGUUCUCAGGACCGAAUCAGACCUGGUGUAGAGGCGGGCAGGUGCAGACCUAUAGAGCGAGUCGUUUAGACAGGAGCUUGUGCAACAUGGAGUGGAAUAAGGUUUUCCCCAACACGACAGUGGUGCACUUGGCGAGACUAAGCUCUGAUCAUAACCCGAUUCUGACGACCGUUCCGACUCAGGGAGCUACUCAUCCUUCCUCUAAGCAUUUCAAUUUUGAAGCAGCUUGGUUAACCCAUGCUGAUUUUCAAAAGUUUCUCAAUGAUAAUUGGAAUGGGCAGAACCUUAACUUACCUUCGGCUUUGCAGGAAUUCUCGGACAGGCUGCAGUCUUGGAGCAAGCUAGUCUUUGGGAGUGUUUUUCAGCGCAAGAAACGGCUAGUGGCAAGGAUUGAAGGGAUAGAAAGGAAGCUGGCGCUCUCGUUCCAUCCGGGGCUGGCCAAGCUUCAUACCAAACUCGCGGCAGAGCUGGAAAAAACAAUGGAGCAUGAGGAAUUGUAUUGGUUUCAAAGGGCUCGGGAAAGCUGGGUGAAGUACAGCGAGAGGAACACGACUUACUUUCAUCAGAUCGCUAAUAUUCGACGCCGGCUGAACAUAAUUGAAUGCCUAAAAAAUGUUGAUGGAGAGUGGAUUCGGGACAUACAGAAGCUCGCAAAGCUCGUGUUUGAUUUCUUCUCUAAUCUCUACUUGCAGUAG